CGCGUCUCUACUUUGAAACGUUCAACUGUUACGUGCGCCGCCCCGGAUCAUGAUGAACUUCAGCACAAAUGCCAGUGUUGGCAGUCACACUGGCAAAGAAAAUGUCCCAUCUUCAACCAGAGUAGAUGCAUUGCAGGUCCAGAGGACCAAACAGCGAACGGUGCUCAGUGUCUUGUCAGAAAAUGAGCAACGUGGUCGAUCCCUGAGCCAGGGAAGCAAAUUAUCCAAACACAGUUCAGUAUCAGACAGCUCGCAGCUCAACUUUCUUGGCUGUCCAUCCAGCUCCAGCUAUGAUAUAUAUGUUGAAGAGGCUUGUGAAGUUGUUCUAGCAGCUUCUGGGGAAGAACUGGACUUAGACAGUUAUUGCCUACAUGCUGAAACUGAUGCCCUACAAAAUGAAGACAUGAGACUCCUGCUGGAGCUGAGUUCAUGUUCAUGCCAGGAUGCUUCGAUGCAGUCUGAACCAAAUGGAUCCCUGCUGUCAGAGGAGGUGCUUUGUCUGGAGUAUGCAGAAAACAUUUACCAGCACUUGAGGGAGAGAGAGACGAAGCUCAGCGCAAGGCCGGACUACUUAGCGAGACAUCCAGAGAUCACCGAUAGCAUGCGAGCCGUUCUGGUGGAGUGGCUGGUUGAAGUUUCCCAGGAAUACAAGCUUCACUCUGAAACUUUGCACCUUGCUGUCAACUACAUGGACCGCUUUCUCUCCUGCACAGGCUAUGUGAAACGGGUGAAGCUGCAGCUGGUUGGCACAGCUGCACUGAUGAUUGCUUCAAAAUAUGAGGAGAUCACACCUCCUGACCUGAACGAGUUUGUGUACAUCACUGACAACACCUACAAGAAGAAAGAGUUGGUCCGGAUGGAGCAGGUUCUUCUGAGUGUGCUUGACUUCAACAUGGCAGCACCAACCUCAAGCCAGUUCCUUCACCUUUUCAUGUCCAUCCACUCAGUCUGUGACAUGACAAGGAACCUUGCCCUGUAUGCAACAGAGUUAAGUUUGCUAGAAAUUGGUCCAUUCCUGCAGUACACCCCAUCUAUAGUGGCUGCUGCAGCCUACUGCCUAGCCACCUACACUAUAAAUAGAUCUCUCUGGCCUGACUCCCUAAAUGCCUUUACUGGGUAUACCAUGGCUGAAAUUGUGCCCUGCCUGACUGACCUCCACAAACUAUCCAUCAGUGCAGAGAGCUGCCCACAGCAGGCCAUCAGGAACAAAUACAGAAGUUCUAAGUAUUGUCGUGUUUCUUGGAUCACUCUUCCUGCUGUUUUGCCUUUCUUAUGA